AUGAAUGAUGACGAUGAACCAAAAGGAUAUAUGUGGGAAGUCGACUAUGCGGAAGGACUGAAUAUUAAAGAUGUGCUACGUGAAGAUGAAAGUGGUUCAAUCGAACGGUCAAUCGCAAAAUUGGUACUUGAUGCAAAACGAAAAAAGCGUCUUGGUGAUCGACCGGCUAAAGUUCGUCUGGGGAUUAUGCGUUACAUGUAUGUAAUCAUUGAUUGUUCUAAUGCGAUGACUGAAAGGUCAUUACAGCCUUCACGACUGAUUGCUACAGUCAAGGCUGUGAGUCAGUUUUUGGACAAAUAUUCCGAACAAAAUCCUAUAUCUCAAGUGGGCAUAAUUGUAUGCAAGGAUAAACGAGCUGAAGUUCUUAUUCCUCUUACGGGGAAUGUUCGUUUGGUGAAAGAAUCUAUAUCUACGCUGACGGAAAAUUUUUGUCAUGGCGAAUUUUCGCUUCAUAAUAGCUUGAUGACCGCCAUUAAGAACCUUCACAGCUAUCCAGGCCACGCUAGCCGAGAAGUAUUAUUAGUCGUAGCAAGUCUUUCAACUUGUGAUCCUGCAAGUAUAUAUGGAACGUUUGAAUUACUAAAGAGGUAUCGCAUACGCUGCUCAGUGAUCUCAUUAGGUGCUGAAGUCUUUGUUUUCAAAAAACUCAGUUCAACUACUUCAGGACAGCACGAUGUAGUAUUGGAUAAUAUUCACUUUGAGAUAGUAUUAAACGAGCAUACGAUUCCUCCACCAUUUAACCGCAAUGUAGAAAGCAGCGUUGUUCGCAUGGGAUUUCCCGUUCAUGAAAGCAUAGAUUUUCCGUCGUUUUGUUUAUGGCACCAUCAAUCAGAAAUUAGACAAGCAGAUGGGCGAGGAUUUUUCUGUCCGCAGUGUGGAGCACGUUAUUGCAGUUUACCUGUAGAAUGUCGAAUUUGUAAACUAGUUUUAAUUUCUGCUCCUCAGCUUGCGCGUUCGUUGCACAAUUUAUUACCUCUACCAACUUUUGAGGAAGUUGAUACCACGAAUGGAGUUUGUUUCGCUUGCAUCAGACCUUUGGAUGAAAAAAGUUUUGCCUGUAGGAAAUGCAAAUCAACAUUUUGUAUAGAUUGCGAUGUUUUAUUGCAUGAGUCACUGCAGAUUUGUCCUGGUUGUAAAUCUGUUAACAUAAUGAGGAAACGAAAAAAUGGAAACAUAAAGAAGAGGUCUGGGCUAGAAGUAAUCAAUCCAUUUGAAUUGAAGUACAAUCGUUUAAAACAUAAAAUACUAGGGACGAGAACAGCUUCAACUCCAUGUGGUAAGCCAGGACUAACCAAAAAAAAAUCUUUCGAGAAUAGAAUAAGGACAUUGGCUGUGGAAUGGAAGGAACGUGGGAAGCGGAAUAAAAUUGUUGAUCAACGCAUAGGUGAAAGAAAUACAGCGAUUAAUGAGGAAGAACGUAUUUCUAAGCGAUUCACUGCGGAACGUAUGAAAGAGUCUAAACUGAAUAAUAUGGAGUUCGAUGUUAAAUAUGAAGAAACGUUAACUCACGAAGGACGAUCGCUAACGGAAAUAGAAAAAUAUGAUCGCACUAUGGUGAGCGAUGAUGAUGAUGAUGAUGAAAGAGGAGGAAAUAUCAAUGCGAAAAUUGUCGCUGCCGCUCAUUUUGGUGGUGGAAACACAGAGUCAGUAGAAAAUGAUGUCUAUAAAAGAAAAGAUGCUAUUUCUGAGCUAAUAGCACAAACGAAGCAACAACGUUUAGACAAGAAAAUGGCUCGCGAAGAACGAGAAAAUGCUACGCAAAAGUUAGAUGAUAGAUGGAAGGAACUUAUGCAAACCGGUGCUCUAGUCAAUUUAGUAAGGGCGGGCAAAGAUAAAGCAUCUACCAGUCAAACUAAAAGCGAUGAAUAUGAUAAUUUGUUCUCUGAACUUCGAAUGGAUCAUGGAAAAAAAGGAGAAGCAAGUGAACGGGAAAAAACGGAUGAUGAACUAGCACGCGAGGAACGCAAAGACCUAAUUCGUCAAGAGAAAAACCGUAUUGCUCAAAUGAAUGAAAGUGUUAAAGGAAGGAGAAUGAAUUCAAAAGACAAAGGUGAUAAGGAAAGUUUUUGGGUGAAAUACGACAGUUCAUGUAGUCUUAUAAAUGCAGAAAAGCUUGAACAGGGAAGAAUAAAGGCGCUUAGAAUUGGCGGUGAAUCAUCAAGUGAAGAUGAGUCAGGCAAUUACGAAAUGGAUGACGAUGAAGACUUUGAUGCAAUAAUACAAGGCAUUGAAAAUAAUUCAACUUCGCAACAUGAUGUUGCAGAAAAAGAAGAGAAAGAGGUUGGUUUUUUCACAUUUCAUUGCACUACUAUACUUUUAAAAUUAGGCCUUAUAUUGUACGAGAAACCAGAAAAUGUGAAUUUGCCUUUUGUCAUCAAAUUACCUCAAAAAUAUGAAGAUUUAAAAAAAUUAUUGGAUGUCCAAAACGGAGAAAAUUGCGAAAUAUUGGUAAUGAGACUGAUAAAACUUUAUCAUCCCAGUCUUCGUGAAGGAAAUAAAUCACGACUUGGUCGAUUAUUCAUAUUUCUUCUGAGAUAUUAUGAUGAUCUGUCGAAAGGAAAUCUAACAAAAUUGAAUUUGUUCGGUUUUAUAUCACGAGGACUACAUGCUCUGAUGAAAUUCAAUAUUGAAUAUAGCACACACUGUAUGCGCGCUCUCUUACGGCAGCAAAAUAAGUCUUAUAUGCUUGUUCCGCACAAGAUGUUUACAUUUCGUUUUAUUGCGUAUAUCAAGUUGGUUUCUGUUUUAUAUCCGUUGCUUGAUGGCUUUCAUCCAGUUGUCAGUCCAACAGUUGCAGUCGCGUGUCAUCUAAUUUCAAAUGUACGAAUACAAAGUAUAAAAGAUGCAGCACGUGUGUUACUAAUGCUCAAAAUGCUUGCUUCCUUCGUUGAAGAAAGUAAUAGGUAUCUACCGGAAGCAAUUGCUUUUAUUUGUGGUAUUUUACUUACGGCUGUUGAAAAUGAAGAUAAUGAGCGUUUUCCAACAGCAAGUUUCCCUAUAUCACUUCCACAUCGUAGAAUGCUAUUCGUUACUGAUAAGUGUUCAACAUAUGCAAAGUCACAGCAGUUAAACGCAGUUCAUAUAUUCAGUAAUGAAGUUGAUAGGUGGGAUGCUUUUUUUGGAUCUGUAGAUUCUGUUAAUAGAGAGAACGAUGAAACACGAUUAUGUGUCUUGAAUAUCGCUAUCAAUGUAUUACAUAAAUUCAGCACCAUCUAUUCUAACAAUAUUAGUUUCUCAAUUAUCUUCAAGCCUGUUUUGAGCUUAUUAGCACGCCUACCUCGUGAUCGGUAUCCAGAAAAGUUAUUAUUAGAAGUAUCUGCUUGUGAAUCAUUCAUCAGUGCGCAGUCGUUGAAAUCUUCUUUGUGUCAAUUAAGAAGGCCAUUCAAGCAAAAAAAAAUAUUAACAAUGUUGGAACCACGAUUUGAAGAGGGAUAUGAUUUAACAAAAGGACACUACCAAAAAAAUGCAGCAAAAGUCUCGAAAAAAGUUGAGAUCAAGCAGCUUACUAAAAAAUACAAGAAACAAUUACGCGGAACAAUUAGAGAGCUGCGUCGCGACAAUCAGUUUUUGAACAGAGAAAAACAACGGGAUAUGUUAGAAAGAGAUCGAGCACGUAAACAAAAAACAAAGUGGUUGAUAUCAACAUUACAAGGACAAGAAAGUGAAUAUAAAAAAAAUGCUUACAUGAGUCAUAAGUAA